AUGGAAUUUCUGGUUUGGAUGGUUUGGCAGCUCAGCCAAAAUACAAAGUUUCAGCAAGUUUCACCUUUUGCAUUUCAGGAUUAUAAUGAUGAAAUUCGCCAGGAGCAGCUGAGAGAACUGUCGUAUUUGAACGGUUCUGAGGAUUCAGCACGUGGACGGGGCAUUCGAGGAAGAGGGAUCCGUGUGCCACCUGCAGCUCCUUCAAGGGGACGUGGGGGUGCGAUUCCUCCACCCCCGCCAGGACGAGGUGCCCAAGCACCUCGAGGAGCGCCGGUCACCCGUGGAGCCCUCCCCGUCCCACCAGUGGCGAGGGGUGUGCCCACCCCUCGAGCAAGGGGCGCCCCAGCUGUCCCGGGCUACAGACCACCCCCACCACCUGCACACGAGGCCUAUGAAGAAUAUGGAUACGAUGAUGGAUAUGGGGGUGAAUAUGAUGAUCCAAGCUAUGAGGCAUAUGAUAACAGUUACGCCACCCAAACACAAAGUGUGCCUGAAUAUUAUGACUAUGGUCACGGAACAAGCGAAGAGGCUUAUGACAGCUACGCACAAGAAGAAUGGGCCACAACCCGUUCCAGCCUAAAGGCACCACCUCCAAGGUCAGCCAGAGGGGGUUACAGGGAACACCCCUAUGGUAGAUAUUGAAGGUCCUCCUCAUCUGUGACCUCAUCUCAAAGACAAUUAAUAGCCUGUGGUCUCCACAUAAACAGCAACAAGACAAGUAAUAGUCCAUUUCUUUUCUAUCCUAGGGAUUACUGCUCAUUAUUAUCCUAUGUACUACUUGUAUUUCCUAUAAUAUUGGAGUGACAUUGGCAUUAGUAUUAUUUUAUAACACGGACUUAAAAAAAACAGAGACAAAAAACCUUCGGCAAGCAUUGUCUAUAAACCAUUCAAAGAUGAUGUUCUGUUGGUUGUAUUCAUUGCUGUGUGUAACUUAAAAAGCAUGACACUGUUACAGAUCUUGAGUCUCUCUACAUACUAGCUAAGGCUGAGUUUUUGUUCAGGGUUGCUGGAAGACUGUAAUAUGAUUCUUUUUUUUCCUUUUUUUUUGAACCGGACAAUAAUCAAGCUGUAGAUAAGAUGUUUUAACCUGUCUUUUUUAAUAUAUGUUAGUUUAGAUUAAGAUGUUCGAUAUUAAGUUUGUAAAUUUAAUUUUAAAUGCUGUUUUAAUGGGGUUGAAAACAAGCAGCUACUGUAUGUAUGUAGCUAACUGAAUUUGUUCAGUGUUUUAACCUGUAUUUGUUAAAAAAAAUCACAUAAAGUUCCAUGUGUAAGCUUCUCUAAAUAGGAAACCAUAAUUUUGUCAAAUAUGUUUGCCAUAAUUUGUCAAUAAAGCUGAAACCUUUUGUAACAAACUAAAUUUGGAAUUACUUGUUUUCUAGCUUUAAAUGCCUGCUUUAUUUCUUUUUCAAGAGAUGCCUAAAAUGUUUUUUAUAUAAAAAUUACAAAAAUGAACCCAAGCCUGUUUUAAGAUUUUUUGUGUAAGACUUUAAAAGUUGUAUUAAUAACUUCUGGUUGUUAAAUAAUUUAAAAGUUAACAAACUAAACUGUUACAUGAAUCAUGGUUAGUAUCCACUAAUGUAUAACAUGUUAAUGGAAAAAAAUGCUUUAGAACAAUAAAUGGAUUUUAAACUAUC